CAGUGCAAAUCCAAUGGAAAAUAGCCAAAAGUUGUAUAUACAAAACAAAUAAUCAGCUUUACGUUCCUCUUCAGCUCUGCGUAAUCGUCUUCCACAACAGCCUUUUACUUGAGAUAUUUUUCCCCCUCUCCCUGCGAUCCUAUUCUCGUCGAAUCCGUACCCGUGUAAUCCAGGAAUCCAGUUCCAGGUUUUAAGCGCAGCCGUUCUCACACAUCUCCGCUGAGCUCUCACAGAGAGAAAUCUCUCAGCCGCGGGCCGCUCUCUCUCCGGCUGGAACGGGACUCAACAAACCCGAAGACGCUCAAAGGACUGAAAUAAAUAAAGAGGACUGUAUUUGUUUGUUUAUUUUUUUGGCUUCUUUUUAUUUUGGCUCUUUUGCAGUAGUUGCGUUGCGAACAGGUCCGCGUCCCCUUGCUCUCCUCCAGCAGGACGGACGGAAGGACGGACUCUCACCGUACCCGCAUCUUUUCAUCCCGGCACGGCGGAGCGCAGGACCGAGCGCGGCUCUGCGGGAAUGUGAGCGCUCACACUCAGAUAAAGAAGGCUCGGAUGAGCGGAGCAUGCGUGCGUUGUGCGUUGGAGACGCGCUGCUCCAAAUCAAAGACCUUCUUGUAAUUGCCUCAACUGAUUAAUUAACUUUACGCCUGAUUUUUCUUCAACUACCCGCUCACUCACUCAAGGCUUGGAGGUCAAUGAUGGUUAUCUCUCAGAGUGACUUCCCCGGAUCGUUGUGACUACAGUGAUUUCGACCCAGACAUGCGGAAAGCAGAAAGUCCAGUCAGAGCCAGGAUGGGCUGCUCAGAAUGGAAGUCUUUGGUCCUUUGUGGCCUUGUAUUCGUCUUGACGGUUGUGCAGAGUUCUGACGGGUUUAGCCGGGCAGCCAUGCCAUUUGGCCUGGUGAGGCGGGAGCUGUCAUGUGAGGGUUAUCCCAUCGACCUACGCUGUCCAGGAAGUGAUGUCAUCAUGAUCGAGACUGCUAAUUACGGUCGGACAGACGACAAGAUCUGUGAUGCUGACCCCUUUCAAAUGGAGAACAUCAACUGCUAUCUGCCUGAUGCGUUCAAGAUCAUGUCCCAAAGGUGUAACAACAGAACACAAUGCAUUGUCAUCACUGGACCAGAUGUUUUUCCCGACCCUUGCCCAGGAACUUAUAAGUACCUUGAAGUCCAGUAUGAAUGUGUUCCCUACAAAGUGGAGCAAAAAGUUUUUGUUUGUCCUGGAACUCUGAAAGCGGUUGGAGAUCCGUCGUUUCUAUACGAAGCGGAGCAACAAGCGGGGUCGUGGUGCAAAGACCCUCUCCAGGCUGGGGACAAGGUUUAUUUCAUGCCCUGGACCCCUUACAGAACAGAUACACUUAUUGAGUACAACUCGCUCGAUGAUUUUCAAAACUCUCGACAGACUACGACGUAUAAACUACCCCAUCGGGUCGAUGGCACGGGAUUUGUGGUAUAUGACGGAGCGGUGUUUUUUAACAAGGAGAGGACACGUAACAUUGUCAAAUUUGACCUUCGGACUAGAAUUAAAAGUGGGGAGGCGAUUAUAAAUAACGCAAACUAUCAUGACACUUCGCCGUAUAAGUGGGGCGGGAAAACAGACAUUGACUUGGCGGUUGAUGAAAAUGGCCUCUGGGUGAUCUACGCCACCGAGCAGAACAACGGUAUGAUGGUGAUCAGCCAGCUCAACCCCUACACCCUCCGCUUUGAGGCCACCUGGGAGACCACAUACGACAAGCGGUCGGCCUCCAACGCUUUCAUGAUCUGCGGAGUUCUCUAUGUGGUGCGAUCCACCUACGAAGACAACGAAAGUGAGGUCAGCAAGAGCCUGAUCGACUACAUGUACAACACCAAACUGAACCACGGCGAAUACGUCGACAUCCACUUCCCCAACCAGUACCAGUACAUAGCCGCUGUGGAGUACAACCCCAGGGACAACCAGCUCUACGUGUGGAAUAACUUCUACAUUCUGCGCUACAAUCUGGUGUUUGGGCCACCUGAUCCAGCUCACGCACCACCUAUAUCAGAAGCAUCCACAUCGCCAAAGGUACUCAAACCAACAACCACUACCACAACCACUACUCAGCCCAAAGGCCAAGUGACUACUAUCACCACUACAGGGACCAGAGCUGUUAAUAAGACCCCCAAAUCACCACCUGUACUUCCCCAAACCACCACGCCACCCUCACUGGAGUCGUUUCCUCCACCUGAGCGCUUCUGCGAGAGCGUAGAGCUCAGGGACAUACUGUGGCCGCAGACGCAGAGGGGCAUGCUGGUGGAACGACCCUGCCCCAAAGGAACCCGAGGCACUGCCUCCUACCUCUGUGUUCUCUCCACUGGGACCUGGAACCCAAAAGGGCCAGAUCUGAGCAACUGUACAUCCCACUGGGUAAAUCAAGUCGCACAAAAGAUCCGAAGUGGGGAAAACGCAGCCAACCUGGCGAACGAGCUGGCCAAACAUACCAAAGGAGCCAUCUUUGCUGGUGACAUUAGCUCUACCAUGAGGCUCAUGGAGCAGCUGGUGGAUAUCCUAGAUGCUCAGUUACAGGAACUGCGACCCAGCGAGAAAGACUCCACCGGCCGCAGCUUCAAUAAGCUUCAAAAGCGAGAAAGGACGUGCAGGGCAUAUAUGAAGGCUAUCGUGGAUACAGUCGACAACCUCCUCAGACCGGAGGCUCUGAAAUCGUGGCGAGAUAUGAAUACCACGGAGCAGACGCACGCCGCAACCAUGUUACUGGACACCCUGGAGGAAGGAGCCUUUGUCCUUGCUGACAAUUUAAUGGAACCAGCCAUUGUGAAAGUACCAGCCAGUAAUAUAAUUCUGGAUGUUUACGUGCUGAGCACAGAUGGGCAGGUUCAAGAUUUCAGGUUUCCCCAGAGUGGCAGGGGUGGUAUUUCUAUCCAAUUGUCUUCCAAUACGGUGAAACUCAACAGUCGUAAUGGUGUUGCCAAGUUGGUGUUCGCCCUUUAUAAGAACCUGGGGCAGUUUCUAAGCACUGAGAAUGCAACAAUGAAACUCGGCCAGGAGGUCAACGGACGCAACCUCUCGGUGGCUGUGAAUUCUGACGUCAUCGCCGCAUCAAUAAACAAAGAAUCCAGUCGUGUAUUUAUAUCGGAGCCUGUGAUUUUCACCCUGGAGCACAUCGACAUGCAGCAUUACUAUAACUCCAACUGCUCGUUCUGGAACUACUCGGAGAGAACCAUGAUGGGAUACUGGUCCACUCAGGGCUGCAAACUCAUCCACGCCAAUAAAAGUCACACCACAUGCUCCUGUAGUCAUCUCACCAACUUUGCCGUGCUCAUGGCUCAUCGAGAGCUGCUGGGUGCCGACAAAGUCCAGGAGCUGUUGCUGAGUGUUAUCAGUCGUGUGGGUAUUGUAGUAUCCCUCAUCUGCCUGGCCAUGAGCAUCUUCACCUUCUGUUUUUUCCGUGGACUGCAGAGUGACAGGAACACAAUCCACAAGAACCUGUGCAUCAAUCUUUUCAUAGCUGAGCUCAUCUUCCUCAUCGGAAUCGACAUGACAGAACCUAAGUUGGCCUGCUCCAUAAUCGCAGGGAUACUGCAUUACUUCUUUUUGGCGUCCUUUGCCUGGAUGUGUCUGGAAGGAGUUCAGCUGUAUCUGAUGCUGGUGGAGGUCUUUGAGAGUGAAUAUUCACGCAGGAAAUAUUUCUACAUGGCAGGAUACCUUCUCCCCGCUGUGGUUGUGGGAGUGUCUGCUGCUGUAGACUUCAGGAGCUACGGGACUAAGAAAGCAUGCUGGCUCAGGAUGGACAAUCACUUCAUCUGGAGUUUCAUUGGACCCGUCACCUUCAUUAUUAUGCUCAAUCUCAUCUUCCUGCUCAUCACGAUGUACAAAAUGAUGAAACACUCUACAUCGCUGAAACCCGAUUCCAGCCGGCUGGAGCACAUCAAUAAUUAUCGCGUCUGUGAUGGCUAUUAUAAUUCUGAUUUGCCUGGCUAUGAAGAUAAUAAACCAUUUAUCAAGUCGUGGGUCAUGGGCGGCUUCGCUCUGCUGUGUCUUUUGGGCCUGACCUGGUCAUUUGGUUUGUUCUUCAUCAGCGAGUCCUCCGUGGUCUUAGCAUACCUCUUCACCAUUUUCAACACUUUUCAAGGCAUGUUUAUCUUCACCUUCCACUGCCUCCUUCAAAAGAAAGUACGGCGAGAGUACAGCAAAUGCCUCCGACACACGUACUGCUGUAGCAGGAUCACGACAGAGAGCUCGCACAGCUCCACAAAGACCUCAACAACACGGACAAGCGCUCGCUACUCCUCUGGUACUCAGAGUCGAAUCAGGAGAAUGUGGAAUGACACAGUCAGAAAACAGUCUGAAUCCUCUUUCAUCUCAGGAGAUAUCAACAGCACAUCAACCCUCAACCAAGGAAAAACAAAACACAAAACCAUCUCAGAACCACUUGAGGGAAUGACGGGCAAUUAUCUUCUUACUAACCCUCUUCUGAGACCACAAGGCACUAAUAACCCCUACAACACCUUACUGGCUGAAACUAUCGUAUGUAACACACCAACGGUGCCAGUCUUUCACUCUCCAGUGACCUACAGAGAGACAAGACACUCGGUGACCAGCGGCAGAGAUACGAACACGUUCGGUACUCUACCACUCAACGGCAACUUUAAUAACAGCUACUCACUCCAUAACUACAGCGACGGCAUGCAGGUGGUGGACUGCGGGCUCAGUCUCAACGACACAGCCUUUGAGAAGAUGAUCAUCUCCGAGCUUGUGCACAACAACCUCAGGGCCGCCGAGUCCCGGAUCGGUACCAAAAAGGGGGCAGGGAUUAGCAGAGGGGAGGAGCCUGUGGUUGCAGAGACGUCCUCCCUGGUGCAGGUGGGCGGUGACAGUGAGAUGGAGAGACUGGGGCUGCACCACACGCAUCCCCGCACACUCGAAGCCCCCCUAAUCCCCCAGCGAACUCACUCGCUCCUGUACCACACGCAGGAGAGAGCGAGGCCUGAAGCGGAGGCUUCGCAUCCCCAGAGCUACAUAGGCCAGCUCCCACCUCCGGCCGAAACUGCCCUGCCUUCCCCCAACAGAGACUCGGUGUACACCAGCAUGCCAAACCUCAGAGACUCGCCGUUUUCGGAAAGCAGCCUAGACAUCGUCCAGGAUCUCUCGCCAUCCAAAAACAGUCCGAACGAAGACGUUUACUACAAAAGCAUGCCCAACCUGGGAUCAGGCCAGCAGCUGCACGCGUAUUAUCAGAUGAGCAGAGACAGUAGCGAGGGCCUCAUCAUCCCCGUCUCUAAAGACGCCUGUGUCCCCGAGGGGGACGUACGAGAGGGACAAAUGCAGCUGGUCACAAGCCUUUAAAAACAAACUAUAAGCACCGCCCACCAUGUACACAGCCCCGCCCAUCCACCGAUGGCAGAGUGGUCUUCCCUUUUUUAGCCUCCCACAUAACUGCACACAUAAUGGAGAAGUACCGCUGCUGCUCAAUGAGUUACAUUCAGGCCCAGAUGGAAUCUGCAGACUUAUUGCGUUAGCUCUCCUGAUUGUUAGCAGUGGAAUGAAAAUGAUGGUAAAACACAAAGCUUUUCCCUUGUUUUUCAGUAAAAAAACGUCUACACCUCCUUUAAACAAGUUUACUUGAGCAGUCAUUUAAGAAACAUUUCAAUACUUUCUCAAAGCAAAGACGCUGUUUCUCAAACAAAUAUGCUUUCCUGGAAAACAAGGAAGAAUAAUAGGAUCAUUUUCAUUUGUUUUGGUUGCUGAGUGUAAUCAAAAAUCUAAUUAGCCACAGUUAUUUAAUAAAUACACAUACAAGAGUCAGAUUAUAUGUACAGUAGAACUUGUGAAUGGGGGAUUUCCAGUUUUAUGCCGAAAUCUGUGGUGUUCUGAAGUUGUAGAUUCUGUAUGGGCCUGGUUACAGUAAUACAGUUUCACAUAAAAAAAUAAAUAAAUAAAGCCAAAAAAAAAAAAAGUCUUUCUCGUUCCAGUGCAUACAUUUCUCAAAGGAUGUACAUAUUUGUUCACAUAUUUCUCUUUUGAAUGCAGUUUCUUUUUUAUUAUUAUUAUUAUUAUUAUUAUUAUUAUUAUUAUUAUUAUAUACAAAAACUGAAUUUCCAGGAUAUUGUCCUGACUGAACUGAAGCAUUUCUUUUGACACCCUUUACAAUCAUCAACAAAAUCCCAUGUGACCACUAGCGAACAAACCCCAGGCCUUAUAUUUUCUCAAUCUGACAUGAACUGUCAAGGUUAAUGAUAUAACAUAGAACAAUAUAUUUUGUUGUAUUGAUUGUGUAAAAAUAAAUUGAGAUGAAAUUAUAACAACCCUAAAUAUAAAGCAAAUGAAUUUUCGAAAUGAGAUGACUAUGUAAAAAGUGUGUUUAUGAUGAUGCAAUCAGUGGGUAACCACAGGUACGCUGCGGAAGAUAUCUGUUGUGCUCAUUUAAAUGGAUUUGCCACUUCAGAUCAGUGAGUGUUAGUGGAUUCUGAUGUUCUUGUGCUUUGCACAUAUUUAUUUUGUGCAAAGCAUGAACGGGACAUUUUUUUUAAAGACGUAUUACUGCAGUCGGGGUUGGAUAUUUAUUUAUUAAAUUAUUCUUUAAAAAAAUGAUAAUACUUUUUGUGAAUAUUUUACAGCACUGGUCGACGUAGUUCAUCCUCGUAAGCAUAAUUAAGAAACCCAUCUCUGAUAAACAUGUUAAGGAGCCCAUCGCUACAAAGGAUGUAAAGUUCUACACUUGUUUAACAAUAAAUAAAUGUGAAUUUUUUUGUCUAA